AUGCUGGCCGCUUCAUUCGCGGGCGACGUGCCACCGGGUCUAGGGUUUGCCAGGGUUCAGGGAGGAGCGCCUUUCACCUACGGGACACGGCACGCCUUUCCCGGCGUUGCCUUCGCGGCUCCUCCACAAGUGGCGUCUGCCAGAAUUCACGUCCCGGCGUCAGGCGUCGUCUACGGAGCUCCGAGGCCCACCCGAAUCUAUGGUGGCCCAGGUCCCAUCGGACUUGGUCAUUCUGGUCCCGGCGGUUUCGCCGGUCCUGUGCCAGCCGCUGUGGCGCCCCCGUACGCGGGUCUCCAAGUUGCUCCUGUAAUCGGCGGACGCCCUGCAGUGGUGACGGGAUUUGUGGCUCCGGCAGUGGCGAAGAUAAACCCGGUGCCGGCGAUCGUGAAGACUGUGGUUGCUGAGCCAGCAUACGGUCCCCACCCAUACAGCUUUGGAUACGACAGCGUGGACGAGUUCGGGAACAAGCAGUACCGUCACGAAACCAGCGACGCUAACAACGCAAAAAAGGGCUCCUAUGGCUACACCGACACCAACGGGAUCUACCGCCAAGUGGACUAUAUUGCGGACGCCAACGGAUUCCGCGCCACCGUCCGCACUAACGAGCCCGGCACCGCUCCAUCUGCCCCAGCCGGUGUUCUCUUCGACGCCAAGCCAGUUGUUGUCAAGCCGGCAGCCGUGGUCAAGCCUCUAGAGGCAGCAGCCCCCGCCAGUAUUCACACUGCACCGUCCCUUGUCGCCGGACCUACUUUGACAAGACUCAACGGGCCCCCAGCUGCGUUCAGCGGCCGGCUUGUGGCGAAGGUCGUGCCGCUCGGACGUGGACCCCUUCUCGCUGGACCUGUCGCACCUAGGGUACCCGCUUUCCUUGGUGGGCCCGGAAACAUCGGUGGGUACGGUCCAGUGGGCGCUGUUCUAGGAGCACCGGUGGGACGUCUUCACGGGGGACCUGGGGGUUUCGCUGGAUCGGUGGCUUCUAGGUUGCCGGCUGGACCUGCUGUGGUUGUUUCGGGACCUGGCCCUGCGUUCUCAGGUCACCACGUCCUCUCGGAACCGGCAGUCGUUGGUGCGGGACCUGUGCUCGCAAAAAUUCAUGGUGUUGGAAGCGGUCACCUGGGUCUGCACGCCAGUGGAGCUGGGGGCUAUUUCGCGGGACCGCACUCUCAUCAUGUCGGGCCAGCUAUCGUGAAAGCACGCUAAAGAAACCUUUCACACUUUAGGAUUUAACUGUAACUCAUAUUUCGCAAG